AUGAAGUUUUUUUAUAAAAUAAUAACUUUAUGGGUUAUUAUAGGAAUUCUUUCAAUUAACAUUCAUGCACAAUUAGAUAAUCAUUUUUCAGACCCAGUAGCUUAUAAAUAUGGUGACAAUUAUCAAUUUUCAAUCGAUGUAGUUGCAGAAAUCGACGGUGUCCUUAGAUAUUUAGGAUUUGGUGAUUCUAAUUAUAUUACUUUUCCAGUUCAAGAUGCCAAAACAAUUGUAGAUACUGAAACUACCACACCAGAAACAUAUUUUUAUCAAUACGCACUAAACUCAGAUAUUCCAUAUGGUGCCACAAAAACAGAAGAUUUCAUUUAUGUAGCUGGUAUUGGUUCAUUCUUUAAAUUUGAAUAUGGAAAAGAUGGUUCAAGCACCCUUGUUAUUAACAAUGGUAGAUAUACAAUCCCAAGUGGCGGAGCUGUUUCAUAUGGAAAAAUGGUUUUCAUUUUAGGCUCUGAAAUCAGUGUUAAUGGUCAACCAGUUUUACUCAUAUAUGAUGAAGCUAAAGGUGGUGCAUUCACUGAUAUCGAUACUGAUUUUGAAAGACUCGAAUUACCAACAGGUAUCGAGACAGUAUAUUCAAUUAAAAUUGAUUCAAGUAAAGGAGUUAUUUUUAUUGGUUGUGAUAAUUCAAAAGUUGUUAUUUAUGACAUUGCUUCAAAUUCUUUUAUUGCAACCUACACUCCAACUGAUGCAAAUUUAAGAGUUGAUGCAAUGACCCUCGAUACUCAAAGAACUAUUUUAUAUUCAUGCACAUACACUCAAAACGGUGCUAUUGCUGUUAUUUCUAUAAAUUAUGAAGAUCCAACCGACCCAGUUUUAAUUUCAAAAGUUUCAAUCGAAGGUGAAGGUUGUGUUGCAGGUCAAGUCGAUAUGGAAGCAGGUCAAGUUUUCUUUAUUACUGAAACCAGUGGUGGUACACAACUUAUUGGUUUUAGCCCAGAUGGUAGCAAUCAAAAUUCACUCACUAAUCCAAUCGAUUCAGGUGGUCCAAUUUCAAUGUAUGUAAAUUCAUCAAACUCUGAAAUUAUUCUCUUCUUUGAAGAUGCUCUUUACACUUUAAAUUAUCAAAAUACUUGCCCAUUAUCUUGCUCAAAUCGUGGUAAUUGUAAUUAUGGUGUUUGUGAAUGUGCUCCACAUUUUACUGGUGAUGGUUGUGAAUUAGCUCUUUGUGAUACCGCAGAAUUAAAUAAUUGUACAUCCCCAUCUAAUGGUGUUUGUAAUGAUGGUAGUUGUUCAUGUACUUCAUCAUUCAGUGGUUUAGAUUGUAGUAUUAAAAUCUGUCCAUAUAAUUGUAAUCAACGUGGUACAUGUCUUACUGGUAAUUUUACUUGUGUUUGCGAUGAAGGUUUUGAAGGUGAAGCAUGUGAAUCACAAUCAAAAUGCCCAGCACUUACAUCAAGUAAAAGAUGUGUUGCUCGUGCCGAUUGCGGUUGGUGCGAAGUCGAUGGUGUUUGUGUAGAAGGUGAUAAAUUCGGACCAAAAGAAGGUUUUUGUCGUACUUGGUUCUUUGACCAAGAUGUUGAAAUUGGUGUCAUUGCCCUUGCUAUUAUUUUCAUUUGCUGUAUUGGUAUUCUUUAUAUUAUUGAUAUUGCUACAACCAUUCCAAUCGAUAUUAGACGUUCUAAAGAUUACAAAGAAGAAUACAAGAGUGGUCAACAUCCAAAAGCCACCCACGAAGAAGCUUCUAUUCUUUGGUGGAGAGAUCAACGUUCACACAAGGCUUGGACUCUUAUGGAUCAAUUCCAAUUUAUUGCAUUAGUAUCACAUAUUGGUGUCGUCUUCCCAGGACGUUUCAUUUCAUUCACAGAGUAUUUAGAUUGGUCAAAUUUAGGUAUUCCAUUCCCACCAGCUAUUAACCCACCACAAGUUUGGACUGGAGAAAGUACACCAACUCGUUCAAUUCUUUCAAUGGCCCAAUAUGAAAAUAGUUUAGGUUCAGGUGAUUUAUAUCUCCUUCCAAAUAUUCUCUUCUGGUUUGGUCUUUUAUGUGCUGCUUUCUUGGUACCAUUAUUAAUCACCCUUUUAGUUGUUUCAUUUAUCGAAAAACUCAUUCAUUGGAAAGAAGUUAUCACCAAUCGUCUUAUUCAUGUUACCAUUCGUAUUCUUUCAUUUGGUUAUAUUGGUAUUUUAUUAGCAGCCUCAUUUGCUAUGGUCACCCCACUUAACGACUAUAGAAUUAUCAUUCCAGGUGCUAUCAUCUUCGUUCUCUAUGGCAUUGGUUUACCAGUUGCCAUUUGGUUCCUUCUCAAUGUCCCAGAAGCUCGUCUCCAUCAUCCAACCUUCAAACAACAAUUCGGUUGUCUCUACGUCCACUUUAAACCAAAGACUGAUCAUCGUUUCGCUGUUUUCAUGUUUAUUAAACGUUUCAUUAUGGCUGUUAUCGUUGGUAUUCUUGCAUUCAAACCAUUAUCCGCCCAACCAUUAACCAAUACCGAUCUUGCUGUUCCAAUUGUCCAAGUUAUCGUUAUCGAUGCUGCUCUCAUUGGUUAUGCAGUCCUUCUUUUCAUUCGUAAACCAUUCUUUGACCACUAUCAAUUAUGGUUAGAAUAUCUUUUAGCUGCCAUCAAUGUAGUUACCUGUUCACUUUCACUCACCCACAUUAAAUCACCAUCAGCAGCUGGUGAGUUAAUUGCCUGUCUUAUUCAAGCCAUCGCUUUAAUUGCUGUUAUUGCCUCAUACAUUAUCUCUUGGUUACAAAUGAGAUCUAAAUUCCUUAAAAAGAUUCAAGGUUUCUUCUCAUGUUGUAAAAAAGAAGACCAAACAAUUGAAAUGAAAGGCUAA